AUGAGAGCAGAUAGUAGACCAAUUAGGAAAUCUUUCAGGUUUCUUAAUUUUUGGGUGGAGCAUGAAUCUUUUCUAGAUGUAAUGAAAGAAAAUUGGGUGGAAUCUUAUGGCUUAGACCCCUUUUUUAACUUUCAUAAUAAGUUAAAAAAGGUAGGAAGAGCUCUCUCUAAGUGGAGUAGGGACACUUAUGGUGAUAUCUUCAAGCAAAUUGCAACUCUGGAGGAAGUGGUGCAGGUGCAUGAGCAGGAAUUUGAACAGAAUCCUACAGGGCUUAACAGGGAAAGGCUACAAAGGGUACAAGCUGAUCUGAUCAGGUUUUAUGCUAUUGAAGAAAAAAUUUGGAGACAAAAAGAAGGGAUGCAGUGGUUUCAGGAUGGAGAUAGGAACACAAAAUUCUUUCAUGCUCAUGUCAAUGGAAAUAGAAGAAAGCUACAAUUACAGAGAAUUCAAGAUCAUACAGGUACAUGGCUGGACACUGAAGAAGAGAUUGCGCAGGAAGCAAUCAGAUUUUUCUCAGACCAAUUCAAAGAGGAAAAUAUCCCUACAGAUUUCUCUAUGCUUGAUAAGAUUCCUAAAAUGGUUACAGAAGAACAAAAUCAACAACUCUAUGAAAUGCCAGAUGAAGCAGAGGUGAAAAAAGCAGUUUUUGGUUUAAAUGGAGACAGUGCAGGGGGUCCUGAUGGUUUCACAGGAAGAUUUUUCCAAGCUUGUUGGGAAAUUAUUGCAAAUGACUUGGUGACCAUGGUGAGAUCAUUCUUCUGUGGGCAUGAACUCCCAAGCUUGAGUAACAUCACUAGCAAAGUUAUCUCAAGAAUCAUUCAUGAAAGACUGAUAUAUCUGCUGCCUGAGAUCAUUUCACCUCAACAAUCAGGAUUUGUUAAAGGCAGGAGUAUUGUAGAAAACAUUCUGUUGGCUCAGGAAAUUGUACAUGAUAUUAGGAUUAGAGAAAAGCCUGCAAAUGUUGUCAUUAAGCUUGACAUGGAAAAGGCUUAUGACAGGGUUCCUAAAAAGGAUUUUCCAUUCACAUAUUUGGGUGUACCAAUUUACUAUGGGAGAAGAAGGAACAUUCACUACAAGGAGAUAAUUGAAAAGAUUCAGAAUAGACUGAGCUCAUGGACUGGUAAGCUGUUAUCUAUUGGAGGAAGGACAACACUGAUUAAACAUGUUUUACAGGGCAUGCCUAUACACCUACUAUCCAUUUGUGACCCUCCUAGUGCUAUACUUGCUCAGAUUCAUAGAUUGUUUGCUAAGUUCUUUUGGAGCAACUCUGUGGGAAAUUCAACCCCUAGUGGAGCAGGUACUUAUGUGUGGAAGAAGAUGAUUAAAUACCGAGAUGAGAUGGAACAUGAGAUAUGGUGGAAGCUUCAACAAGAUUUUGAGUGUGAUCCCACAAUCAUCCUUGUAAAAGAAACUGCAGAAGUGGGGCAAUGGGAUGAACAAUUGCUAAGAAGAAUCCUUCCUGAGGAUCUAGCAGACCAUAUUGUGCAGCACAUUAAUCCACCAAAUGAAAAUGGCCAAGCAGAUAAGGCUUUCUGGAAAUUAGAUUCGAGGGGGAAAUUCACAGUUGGGUCUGCAUUUCAAUUGCUCAGACAAAGAAAAGACCCCAGUAAUUUGUAUAAGCAGAUGUGGAUUAAAGGACUACCAAUAAAGAUAUCCUUUUUUAUUUGGAGAUUUUGGAAGUUCAAGCUACCACUGGAUGAUAAGUUGAAGAAAUGGGGACACCAAUUCCCUUCCAGAUGCUAUUGUUGUCAACAUCCAAAAGUGGAAGAUACCUCCCAUGUCUUUUUACACUCACCAACAGCUCAAGCCAUCUGGAAGUAUUUUUGUGGACCAGUGGGAAUAAAUACUGAGAAUUUGCAAAGAUAUUCUCCAAAGAUAAGAGUAACACCAGUGACUUGGAGAACUCCAGAUAUUGGAUGGAUAAAAGUCAAUACUGAUGGACCCUCAAGAGGAAACCCGGGUAGGAGUUCAUGGGCCUUUUGUGUAAGGGAUGAAAGGGGAGAUGUGAUACAAGCACAAGCCAGAGAAAUAGAGGAUCUUCAAAGCACCAACACUGAGGCAGAGGCCCUAGCCAUUUUACAGGCUCUCAGGUACACAAACUAA